AUGUCGCGAAUCUUUGAUGGAGACGGCGUCCUAUUCACAUCGCUGUCAGACUACAAUCGAGAAAAGGCACAGAAACUUUUCCACUGUCUAACUGAGAAUCUCCGUGUACUAGGAUGCCGAUUCUUUGAGGUUGAUGUUGAGUUUUGGCCUUCCCCCAAAAACUGCUGGGUAGUAUGGGUGCAACUAGGAAAACCCUGGGGAGCUUGGCCUGAAUGGUUAGAUUGGAUCAGGAGAAGACUGAGUGAUCUGGCCCUUGAGGGCUCGGACCGCUUCUACGAAAUGGGAGCGUGGGCCAUCCCCCAGAUAACGAUUGACAGCAGGACGAUGCUGAACGGGUGUAAAAGAUUCCGGGUUGUUGUGUAUGAAGAUAUACCUUUUCUUGUUUCAUACGACGGCAAGUAUCAUGAAGCUGGUGAUUUUGCCCGGCAUGAUUUGAAACAUGAGCACUAUGAGUUACAACGAGCGACCAGGGAUAACCGGCAGGUGCACGAGCAGCAGGCCAAGGUGCAGGAACUCGAGGCAACAAUGAGGCAAACAUAUACUUGGGAAAGGAUUGACUCACUGGCAGGAAAAUAA